AUGACUUUAUUGUGCUUCCCAUAUUUGGUUUUAUGUGGAUGGACAGAGUUGGCAAACAGCACAAGCACAUCCGGCGGUCCGCGUGCACGAAGUGAUUCCAAAGCCUCAGUCAUCGCCGAAGAAGGACCCAACUAUUCCCGCUUGCUCUUACUUUUGCACGGCUUCUCAGGAUCCAGCGACUACUUUGAUCGCAACUUUGACGAACUAGCCAAAAACCACUGGGUGGUUGCGUGGGAUAUGCGGGGGCACGGGAGGAGUGGUCUUGUGAAAGCGAGGAAGGGAGCCUCGGAGGAGGAAAGCGAACAGGAUAAUGAUGGGAAGGAAAAUGACGAGAAGAAGGAAAACGGAGAGACUUCCUACAAAGGAGGAUACCACGUCGCCCGCCUCGCCACGGACUUACACAACCUCCUCACAUUCCUCAAGACUUCCCGCCUUGGUUUCUCCCCUCAAUCCCUACCGCAGCCUCCCUUGGAGGUAAUUGGCGUAGGGUGUUCCAUCGGCGCCGCCAUUCUCUGGACGUAUAUCGAGUUAUUCACCGACUCGGACUUUUUCUCCGGAUUCAUUUUCGUUGACCAAGCGCCUCUUCAAGAUCGCUCCCUUUUCGAUUCCUGGGACUCCACCAAAGCCCAUAAAGGAUGCUACGACGAAGCGACGAUGCUUGGCGCUCAGCAGGCAUGGAACUUACCACCGGAGGACCGACAUGCUACGCACCUGGGACUGGUGGAUGAGUGUUUGGGGUAUCGCCAUAAACCGCUCCCUACUGACAAGAUCGAUGAAAAGGAAAGGAAGAAAGAUGAAGAGUUCUUUACGGGGAUCAGCGCGCAGUGUCCGUCGGGCGAGUGGUUGGCGAAGUUGAUUGCUGAUCAUACGAGGUAUGAUCACCGGGAGGCGUGUGAGGGGAUUAGUAAGCCGGUUUUGGUCAUGGGCGGGAAACGAAGCGGGUGUUUUAGUUUGGAGGGGAUGGAGGAGGUGGUGAAGCGGGCGAAAAAGGGGGGGAAUGAGAAGGCGGAGACGAGUUGGUAUGAGAGUGGACAUUGGUUGUUUUGGGAGGAGGCGGAGAGGUUUAAUGGGGAGGUGUUGGAUUUCGCAAAGAGGUGUUGGAGUGAAUGAGUUGGGAUUGAUCGGAGACAGAGAGAGAGUGAAGAAGGAGAAGACGGAUGGUGAUUAAUGGGGAUGGAGUGAGCUGAACGAGAGAUGGUUAGGGGCGAGUUGGGACAUGAAAGGCGAUGAUGAGUUGAGAUGACUGGUCCUAUAUACCUACAUGCAAUCGAGAAGAAAUUC